GCUCUGCUGUGGGAGACUUGUCGCCAUUACCUCAUGCCGGAUAGCUGCCUGCCAGACAGCUCAACCACCACCACAACCACCACCAGCUCAUCGUCACCACCAGCUCAUCACAACCACCACCAGCUCAUCACUAUCGGCCCAUCACCAGCCAUCUCCUCCCACAUCCUCCCCCCCACACACCACCCGCAACGAUGUCUACCACCGCCAGCAUCGCGCCCGGGACGACCCCCAAAAAAUCAUUCAUCCCUCUAGAAUGCAACCCCGAGCUGAUGACCACUUUGAUCCACAACCUCGGGGUGUCCCCCACCCUGACCUUCGUAGACGUGUACUCCCUCUCCGACCCUGAGCUGUUGGCGUUCAUCCCCCGCCCCGCGCUCGCCCUGCUCCUCGUCUUCCCCGUCUCCGCCAGCUACGAAGAGUUCCGACAGCGCGAGGACGCCGCGCGCCCCGAGCACUACACCGGCCACGGCGCCGACGAGGACCCCGUCUGGUUCAAGCAGACGAUUCGGAACGCGUGCGGGCUGAUCGGCGUGUUGCACGCUGUGGCCAACGGCGCGCGGGGCCAGAUCCAACCCAACACGCCGCUCGCCGACUUCCUUGCGACCGCGCAGCCGCUGCCAAUGGCGGAGCGCGCGCUCGCUCUCGAGAAUAGUCCCGCGCUGUCGAGCGCGCACCUGGAGGCGGCGUCGAGGGGCGCCACGGCGGCGCCGAGCGCAGAGGAUGAUGUAGAGCUGCACUACGUCUGCCUCGUCAAGAGCGUCAAGGACAACCACUUGUACGAGCUCGACGGCCGGAGGAGGGGCCCGCUCGAUCGUGGCUACAUCGGCGAUGAGGACGUGCUCUGUGAUGAAGCUAGGAAGGUCGUGCAGAGCUUUAUUGAGAGGGAGGAGAGUACCGGGAGACUCGACUUUUCGCUUGUUGCGCUUGUGCAGGGGUUUGAUUGAGCGGAAGAGGAGACGGCAAAUAGUAGCAUAUCUAGUGAGGGAUAUUCGAAAUCUACAUAUCAGCUGCCGGAUGGCGCAGGGUGCGGAUUUGGCGAGUAAUUGGGAUGUGAACGGUCUGCCGGUGCUCGACACUCGGUGCCGGCGUAUCUAUCGUCAACCAGUAGUUCGAACAGCUUGACCUUGUAAGAAAACCCUUCAAGUUGGAC